AUGGGACCAAUGCUUAGUGACAAUUGGCCAUUACUUAGUAAACUAGGUUCCGGUUAUUUUCUUGAUUCCAUUGAAAUUUGGGUUUCUCCAAUUGAAGAUAAAUCCAUGCCUAACAAGCCCAUAUACAAUGUGAAAGAUGGUCCCUGGCCACAACAAUUUAAUAAAGAUGUUGAAAUUUCUAAAGUUCAUGAAUAUAAUAAUAGCAUUGGUGGAACAAUUAGUAAAGAUACUGGGAUUACAUUAAACCAAGGUAAAAGAAAUGGACAAGAAAUUAAAUUAAAUUUUGCUCCUGGAAAACAUUCCUGUCACUGGGAAACCUUAGAAGCAAUGAGUGGAUUUCAUAUAAUAAUUAAGCAGGUGAUAUGUUGCAAAAUUGCUGAUGAUUGGUGGCGAAAGUUGAAACCAAAUCUUAAAGAUUUUAAUGAAAAUUUUGAAAGUCUGAUGAAAUCUAAAGCAUCUCAUGGAGAUCUUAUUAAUGUUAUUUUAGAAAAAAAAGCUCCCCGAAUAGAUGAACCAAAAAAUUCAAACGUGGGAAAUAUUGACCUUGAGUUCAAAGUAAUGACUCAAAAAUAA